AUGCCGCUGUCGCACGAGACGACGGGCGUCACAGAAACCAGCGAUGUCGAUGCUACAGCUGUCGGACGCUCCGUUGGCGAGCAAUUCAAACGGUCCCGGAACAUUUCGACCGGACCUCGUAUGUUAUUGUGUGCAGCGGGUGUUGGAAUAUGCGCGGUGGGGGAGGGGGGGGAGGGGAACCGUCCGACGAGUGUUUUUGUACGAUAAAAUAUGUAAUUUUCAAAGAGUUUUCGUCGUAACCAGGAAGAGAUGCACCGACGACGUUCGAUCCGUCUUCGGGAUAACGGUCGUGGUUUCACGGUCGCAGCAUCAACGUCACGUGUACAAUAACACACAUACACUCUAUUUCUACGUGUUGUAUAUUGAACAAUGAUUCAGUGGCGUGACACGUAUUUCUUUCUUUUUUUUUUUUUUUUAGAACGUAAUUCUUAUACGACGGUUCUCGAUUGAGUGUAUAUAAUAUUAUUAUUAUUAUUAAAGACACAUGUAUGUGUACAUUUGACAGGAUACGACGACUGCCAGAUAUCGGGCGUUUAUUAUUAUUUUUUUUUUUCUUUUCCUUUUCGGUUUUCGAAUCGUGCAGCGUAUAGUGUGCUGUGCGCAGUGCACACUUUUAAACGCAAUGUGUUUUACAUUAUUAUAUUCGACGACUUAGCCGCGAUUUCGUGACGAUUCGUUUUAAAAACGAUCGCGGCGGCAUUAUAAUUCGACUCCCCACAUGUUUUGACUUACAUAUAUUUUUUUUUUCGCGAAUUUAUUAUUAUUGUUGAGCGUCUAGGAAGAUACAGUUUAAAUUAAUAACAGUAGUCGGAAACUAAUAAAAGGUUUAGACGGCAGUAAUAUCACCGCUCUACCCGAAAUUCGCGAUUUUUUUUUUUUACGAAUUAUACACGUAACGCAUACAGUUGCAUAAUUUGUAUUGCAAUUAUACACACGUUUCCCCGCGGUUUUAAAUAUACGUGUUAGACGUAUGCACGUCACCUAUAUAUUGAGUAAUUCGCUAUGCCGAAAACCUGUUCGGUAAUUGCUAUAAUCGUCUCCCUCCUCCACUCCGAAUAUGAACUCUAGUCACGCCGACCGACAGUACCUAUAUGCGUAUGCUCCGCGAUAAUUUAACGCGGUAAAAAAAAAAAAAGUCUUAGAAAAUCGACAAUUUUUCGUAAACGAGAAUAGAAUUAACGUAGAUGUCUAAUGGAAAACAAUAUUUUAUAGCCGAGACUCCGUGAGGUUAAAUCUAAAGUUGCGGCGACCCCAACGGCAUACGGCGAGUAGGCGAAUUUUAUACUGGCCGUACCCCGCGCAAUAUCGGCGGUUUGUGCAGUGGAUUUCACCGGUAAACCGAUCAAAUUCGGGCUCUCGAUACUAUACAAUGACAAUAUUUGCGCGGGCCGCCAAACUUCAGAUUCGCUCGUAAUAAUUACAAUUACAACCACAACACGUGUAUGGUUCUGAUUAUGCACCGGUAGUUCAAUCAACCACAAGCUAUUUGUGAUUGUCCGGGACCAAAAUUUAUUGACGACGCGGCGCACACUCGUGUUGUCGACGGUUAACACGUGACAACGAAAUCACAAUAUCGGAACCACAGUCCGCGAACAUGUCUAAUUUAUUACCGUACGCGUGUCUGCGAUUGAAAUUUAGUAGUACCGGGACCGACAGAAUUAUAAGGAGAAUAAAAUCGUAGAAACAAUAUGUCUGGAGAGGGGAGCCUGGACCCCCAGGAUUCGUCCCAUAGAUCCGGACCCGCCUGAACGGUGUGUACGCGGACGUAAAUUUGAAAAACCGAAAACGUCGAAAAUUACCGUUCGGGGUUACGAAGGCUCCGAACAAAGAACACGAUAAUUAAAUUAGAAAUAAUAGCGUAUCUGUACGAUACGUAUAUGCUGUUUAGUUGAUUAAGUUAAAAAUACGCGUAGGUAAACCGUAUAACAUUACACGUUGAGUAUAGCUAAUAAUAGAGACCAUAUAAUAUUACAAUUGUAUUGUAUCGUAGGUGUAACGCUGGUGUUUUUUCGGUUUUGCUCCGUUGCACCUGCGGUAGUGCGGUAUAACGCAGACUAAAAAACGGAACAUGCGUGAUAUUGAUAUCUAUCGUUACAGUAUCUAUUUUCAACGGAGCUACACCGCUGGCGGUGGCACAGGUGAUUUUUAACAAAUAUCAUAACAGCACUGGCUUCGGAAAACUCUCCGAGCACCACUGCUUGUACCCGAUACUAUAUUAAUCCUGUUACCUGUAUGUUAAACGUGAUUAUUAUUUUUUUGAACCGUAGGUAUUUUCGUCCGUCCGCUACGGAAAUUAUUUUUUUUUAUUUUUUUAUUUUUUUUUCCAAUAAUGAAAAACGAAGAUAUUAAAAUCGGAACUUUCGCAUCUAUGCUAUCGUCUGUUUAUAUAAAUACACGAAUAUACACUAAAUACGUUGUUAUAAUACGAACAAUUAGUAGAUACCUAAAACUUAACGUCGAAAGUGUUUGGGUUUUGAGAUUAAGUCCGCGGAACGCUGGACGUACGUAACAACGAUAAUAAUAUAUAAGCAAUUGUAUACUCUCUAGUAUAGAAACUAUAAAGGAUUUUUGGAAAUUCGACCAUCGAUGACCGGCCCUCGCAUUUAAAUUGUAUUCCUUAAAAUACGGAAAUUAGCGAUUUAGUUUUUUUGUUUACUUUUGGAUCACAUUAUUCAUGCGUACGCGAAAACAACUGUACUACUUUCAUUUUGUCUUAUUUUUUAAUCUGAGUGUCGUUAAACAAUCAGCGGGCAUACGACUUGUCACUGGCAAGGCCGAUGCCUUCACACCUUACACAUUUAAGCAAACACCUUUGCAUAGAGUUUUCUGUACAGAAAAUUCGAUCUGUAUUUUCCGGAGUAUACGUUGAAAAUACCUGCUCGAUUUGCGUCUUUACUAAUUAUAUUUAUUAUAAUAUAUUUGGUGUGUGUUGGACAUUAUUGUAAUACCUAUUAGAUUUAUGAGUAUUAAAUUUAAUUACAGAGACGCUUGGCAUUUGAUAGUUAAGGAUGUGUACACCACGUUUAAAGAUGAGGAUCCGGUCGACGAAGAACCUGAUUUAGUGGUUUAUUUCAGUGAUCAAUCUGGUGAUCAAAUUUCGUGCUCCAUGACGGCUUACCUGGUUUCACAGUCGUUCCCCCUUUGCCACUUUCCAUUUCCACAGGGAGGAGAAAAUACCGCCCAGGAACUCGGUAAAUAUACAUUAAAAAAAUUCAAAUAUACACCUAACUCCUNAAGUUGUUGAUUUGACAAUAAAAAGAGUACAACCCGUCGAAAAUAGCAUAAACUAUUUGCAGUUUGUUUUUUUUGAUUAGAAUUUGGGAAAGGGAAUAUUAUCAAUAUUUGUUGUAAGUAUUUAAUUUUGAUUUGAGUGUUUAUAUUUUUCAUGUUAUGUUGCAAUUAAACUUAUUUUCACUAAUUUUGAUCAAUAUUUAUUAAUUCAUCUUAAAAAAAAAAAAAAUAAAUAAAUAAAAUGUAUGUUACAAUGAGACCAUAAAGUAAUGUAAUUUAAACAAAAUGAAAUUGUUUUAAUAUUUUGCAGGAAAUGUUUGAGUAUGUUGAUUUUCUUAUUCUUGAUCAGUUGGAUUGUUUGCAUUAUCGUAUUGACGAUUCGGAAUUGGAGAUUGUUGCUAUACUUAAUGGGGAAUUAAUAGUCUUCGAAAUGAGACUGUAAGUGGUUUUCCAAGGUUUUAGUAUAAAUAAUUACACUUAUUAGUUAAAUUGUACAAUAUGCCUUUUUUUUUUUUUAAAUUCAAUAGAAUCGUUUGUGAAGUGAUAAUAAAGAACGAGUGCACCACGGGCAAAAAUGAGGAACCGGAUGUCGAAGAACCCGAGUCGGUAGAUUCUUCCGGUAAUCAGUCUUGUGUUCAAGUUUCGAGUUCUUUGACGGCUGACCGCAUUCCGCCGUCAUUUCCUAUUUACGUAUCGUUUUCACAGUAGAGCGAUAAUACUUUACAAAGUAUCGGUAAAUAUACAUACAAAUAGACAUCUGUAUAAAAACUAUAACAAAUACCCACCUGCCUCCUAAUAAAUUAGUGUUGAUUUGAUGUAGAUCCGGAUGGCGAAGAACCCGAGUCAACGGAUUUUUCCGAUAAUCUGGGUUGUGAUCAAGCUUCAAGUUCUUCGACGGCUGACCUCACUUCACCGUCUUUCCCACUUUACGUUUGGCCUUCAGAGACAGGAGAUAAUGCCGCCCAAAUUAUCGGUACAUAUAUAUUCUGGGAUAGACUUCUGCAUAAAAACAUGACAAAAACCUAGCUGCCUCUUAAUAAAUUAUUGUUGAUUUGAUAUAGACGAAUCCUGCAUGGAGGCAAUAAUUCGAGUGGUCAAUUUGACAAUAAGGAGGGUCCAACCCGUGGAAAAAGUUUUAAAAUAUUUUCAGUUUAUUUUAUUUGAUUUGAAUAUGAGAGAGGUAAUAUCGAUAUUCGUUGUAUGUAUUUAUUUUUUUCAUCUUGUUACAAUUAUUUUUAUUUCCACUAUUUAUUUAUUACCGAUAUUUAAUAAUUUAUCAUGAAGAAAAAUAUAAUGUAUUCGUUAUGAUGUGAUCAUAGUUCUGUAAUCUAAAAAAGUAUAUUAUUUUAAUAUUUCGCAGCAAAUGUAUAGGCGUAUGUAUUGUCACUCACAUGAUCAGUUGGUUUGGUGGUACCAUCGUAAAGGCGAUUCGGAAUUGGAGAUUGUCGGUAAACUCUAUGGAGGGUUUAUUGUCCAAGGAAUGAGACUGUAAGUGGUUUUCUAAAGUUUCAGUAUGAAUAAUUACACUUAUAAGUUAAAUUACAUAAUAUGUGAUUUUUUAGUAUUUUACCGGACGAUUGGAAGCCGAGUGCUCGAAUGGUUUUAAACCAUUUGGAGAAUUAUGAUCUUCAAUAUUUAAACUUCGCCCGAUCAGCAUUCACACAAUUAAACAAAGAUAUACCACAGGAAUGUUUACAUCUAAUCAAGGUGUGUUAAAAAAAAAAAAUAAAAAUAUUGUUAUUGUAUUAUUUUAUACUUAUAAAUUUACUUAGAAUAAUUAAUCGAGUCAAUAUUCGAUUCACAGAUUAAACAAUAUAGCAAAUAAUAAUAUAGUAGGCAAUGGAAUAGCCAAUAAGUAUCGCAGAUUAUCAUUUUUUUUUUUUUAUCAGAAACCCGAGGUAAUUACAAAACUCAGAUACGAUUUACUUAACGAUCACUACCGCCAUAUUAUGUUCUUAAAAUAUGGUGGUAGGUAACACGUGAAUAGUGGACGAAAACUGAGAUUUUUGUACGGCGAAAUGUGUCUCGUGAUAAUUUCAUACUAAUAUAUUAUACUUUGCUACUGCAAAAUGUGCAUCUCGGGUGACUGUAGGCGUUGGUUCUGGUUAAUUUUUACGAUAUUAUAUAUACCAAACAUACCGUAGGUAUAGGUAGCUAACAAUAAGUAAUAAAAUGUCAAAAAUAAAAUAAUUUGUCAAUAAAUAAACAACUCUUUUUGUGUUAGUGAAACUAUACAAAUUGUCUCGCAAAAGAUAUUAUUAUAACCAAACGUACCUGCUUAUAUUUUCAGGAAAUCAUGGAUAUGCCACGGAUAAACACCAUACGCAAAAGAAUGCCUACUGGCCUGCCGUCCUUUGCUUAUAGCUAUAAGUAUCUGUGA